AUAAAGCCAGUGUGUUUGUCUCAAAUACAAACAACUGACCAUUGACAAAUCUGUGCAAAAUGAACAGGCUUAAAGUUCUGCAGGCUUGGCUGUGGUGUGUGUCGCUGUGGCCUUGCUGGCUUUCUCACGCCGUUCCUCUGGACUGCAAAGACGAGACGGGAUCACUCACACAAUGCACUUCAAUCUCUCAAGAGAAACUUCUGGAUCGUGUCAUCCAACAUGCAGAGCUCAUCUACCGCGUCUCUGAAGAGUCAUGUACUCUGUUUGAGGAUAUGUUCAUUCCGUACCCUCUGCAUGCUUUGAGGAAUCAGGGAGGAAACUUGUGCCACACCAAACCCUUCCCAAUCCCAGGCUCCAAGAGUGAAAUUCAGCAGAUAUCGGAUAAAUGGCUGCUUCACUCGGUUCUAAUGCUGGUGCAGUCGUGGAUGGAACCCCUGAUCUAUCUGCAAACUACUCUCAGUCGUUACGAUGACGCCCCGGACGCUCUGCUCAACAAGACCAAGUGGGUGUCUGAUAAACUGCUCAGCCUUGAGCAGGGGGUGCUGGUGCUCAUCCGCAAGAUGCUGGAUGAAGGGAUUCUGACGUCUUCGUCCAUCUUCGAGCACACGCUGACCCCAUACAACGAACAGUCCCCAGAGGUGCUGGAGUCCAUUCUCAGGGACUACAACCUACUCAUCUGCUUCAAGAAGGACGCCCACAAGAUGGAGACCUUCCUCAAGCUACUCAAAUGGCGUCAGAGCAACAAGCUCAGCUGUCUUUCCUACUAAACAUGCAUCUUAUAUUGAUUUUUUUUUUUUUUUUUUUUUUUUUUUAAGAAUCUAAAGUGUAUGUUGAAUUGGCAGUAGGAACCAAAGUUAGCAAACAUUUAAUGACACUUCUUAGUGUGAAAAUGAGCCAUAAACGGCUUUCUGGCUAUUUAUUGUGUAUUGAAGGGAACAGUAGAAGAUUCACACCGCUCUCACACAUAAUCUGCAUACUGCACUAUUGAUUUCCUCCUUUCUCUUCUGAACUUGAGUUUGUAUGCGAUGCAGAUUCCUCAUAGUCUGUCAGUGUCUCUCCAGGUCUCUAGUGUGUUGGAAGGCAUGUUUUUUUUUUUUUUUAAUCCUUAUCGGGAAGAUGGUUUCACCUUUGUAUUAUUUAGAUGAAAAGUUCUUGAUACAGAAAUAUGCUAAUGAAGCCACAAAGCAGACUGUAAAUGUUUCUGGUCUCUCUCUCUGUUUGUGUGUGUGUGUGUGGGCUAAGGGAUUUGUUCUAAGAGAAUAAAAGCUUUACUUUAUGGAUGAA